AUGCCUUGUUCAGUGCUACAGGGCGAGGUGAAGCAUGCAUUGAAUCCUGACGACGCAGAUAUAACAAGUGCAUAUUCCCCUGAGCAAGGAUUUGCAGAGAUAGAUGUUGAGGAACUCAGCAAACGAAUGGGAGAUGGCAACAUCUCUUUGCUGUUGGAUGUCCGCAGACCAAUGGAGUUUUCAGAUGGGCAUGUCCCUGGUGCGCGAAAUGUUCCGCUGGAUGAGUUGUCGGCAACAGUAAGACAGGGCGAAUUGGAUGAGUACAAGGACAAGCCAAUUGCUGUUAUCUGUGAAAUGGGCACUCGAUCUGCCCAGGCCACUGUGAGGCUGAGCAAGGUGCUCUUAUUCAACAAUGUCACAAAUGUGAAAGGCGGCACAAAAGAAUGGGUUGCACGAGGGUACAGAAUUGAGUGA